AUGUCAGCAGAGUUCGCCCCUCUAUUUAUACCCAGCACAGCUCAGCUUCCAAGUCAUGUCAACAAAGCAAACAUCAAAGAGCAACAAAGCAAGAUGUCAUCACAAGCGGGACAGACCCCUCAACCCCUAUCGCUCGAAGAGCAACAAACAAGACGGCAGCUGCAGAUGCAUGCGAUUGCGAGGGCGCAGAAGCAGGCAGCGAUGCAACAACAAACUGCACAGCAAAUGGGAGCCGGGAGUCAGACGGGAUACCAGCAGAUGGGGAAAGGCCAACCUUACAACGACAUUCCCGCCACUGAUCCAAACGACAUACAUAUUCUCACUGGAAGAGGAGUUAAUGUCCCGGACUUUGUCAAAUUUCUAUGUGCUUGCCGAGAAGGUGAUUUAUCUACUCUCGAGUCAAUUGUUAAGUCUCAAACUCACUCGCCACUCUUCCUUCACCAUGGCUUACUUGAUGCCAUAAACAACGGCAAGGUCGAAAUUGCACGCUAUCUUCUCCAGUCUGGAACACCAAUUUCGCAAAAAACUCCAGAAACUAUUCUCAGAGCUCCAGCAGAUCAACAAAUGGCCCUAUUUCAGCUCCUUACUGAACAUGGCUGGACAGUCAAUUCACCAGAGCGUCUCCUUCCAAGACUCAUUCAAACAAACAACGAACCUUUGCUUGACUGGUUUCUGGAGCAUGGCGCAGACCCGAACAUUGGCGGUCCCGAAGGAGAUCCAGACCAAGCUCUCAGAUUAGCAGCCUCACAGGGGACUGUUAAACUAGUGCAGAAGCUUCUCAAUGGCGGAGCCAAGAUGACCAGCAACGGAUUGGGAUUAUUUUAUGCUGCAGGAGCUUGUCCAGCCGGCUCUAUUCCUCAUGCAGGACUUGUUCAACCCAGUGCUGAGUUUGACAACUCCAGAAUACCCAUUAUGGCACUGCUUGUAGAGCAUGGCGCGGAUGUAAAUGGCAAGCUUGAGACACAGCACAUGACAGCGCAAUACCCUAUCGUAAAUGCCGUCAUGGCCGGUGCUGUUGAGAGAGUCAAGUGGCUGUUGAGCCGGGGCGCAGAUCCCGAUCUGAAGGGCCAGUAUGGCAGUGCCAGAGACUACGCCAAGUUUAGGUCGAGCGAUGAAAUGCAACAGGUGCUAGGAGUCAGCGUUACAUAG